UGAAUUUGAUAAACUAAAAUCGAAUGAAAAUUAAAAUGAAUACAUUACACUUGUUUUUUUGUCACGAACUGAAUCCAUAAACUAAAAACCGAGAAAGUGAGAGAAAGAACUAAACGAAAAUCAAACCGCAAACCGGUAGGUCCACCCAAGUUUUAUGAUGGUUAACGUCAUUACUCACAAAAUUUUAAAUUUCAUUUUAUUUCCAGCUAGCAUUAGCUUUUCCACGUAAUACGCUCACGUGGAACUAUGCUAACAACGUCGCGUGUCGGUCACCACAACUGCUCUCGCGGAAAGAAUCACCGGCCCUCCUCGGUUAGGCAUAAACCGGGAGUUAAUAUCGUAUAGUUAAACCGGGGGGUUAUUGUUUCUUUUGAUAGAUAAAAUGUACAUGUAAGGAUUGAAGAAUGGCGGGUUGUGUUUCUUUAUUAGCAAGUAGUCUCUCUUGUUUCUAACUCGUUUUGGUCUCAAUUUUCAAAUGUUAGAGUUAACCAACCAUAACAUAAAUUGAACCGGAAAAAUAAAUAAGAUUAUUACGGUUGAGACAAAAAAUGUAAUUAUCAGUCAACGGAGAUGGAGGGAGUCAUUAGUCAACCAUCAUCUCUCUUUCGCUGUGACUCUGUGUAAUCUGUGUCUCUAGUAUCUGCUCAGUCAAAGUUUCAAUUUUUGAAAAUCAUAUUCACUUUUCUCUCUUCCUCUUGCGACAUGGGCCUUCUUCUUUGCCAUUACUGGUCGGUGAUGAUCAUACUUGCUGCCAUCUUCCACUCCUCAAACUCUCAUAGCCUUACGUGCCAUCCACGUGACCUAGAGGCCUUGCGUGACUUCGUCAACGAGCUCUCCCCCAAGCCGGAUACUUGGGACUUCAACUCAACUGGAGAUUGCUGUGAAUGGGAAGGGAUCACAUGUGACUCUGUGAGAGUCACCAAACUGAAGCUAGUGAGCAAAACACUGUCCGGUAAGUUGUCUGAAUCUCUUGGGAGACUGCAUCACCUUAGAGUUCUUAAUCUCUCCCGCAACUUCAUCUCAGGCUCCAUCCCUCCGUCGAUUUUCAAUCUGACAAACUUAGAAGCUCUAGAUUUGAGCUCUAAUGGAUUCACUGGCUUAGUCCCUGAGAGCUUGAACCUACCUUCACUGAAAAGUCUCAGUCUUUUUUCAAACAUGUUGAACGGUUCGCUUCCGGUUCAUAUAUGCCGCAACUCUGCUUACCUUAAGCUGAUCAGACUCGAGUCCAACAGAUUCUCCGGAGAGUUCCCAUGUGGGUUCGAGAAAUGCUCUCUGCUUGAACAUCUCUUCAUUAGCGGGAAUGGUCUCACUGGUAACAUACCUGAGGCUCUCUUUCACCUUCAGAGGUUGAGUCUUUUGGAGAUUCAAGAGAAUGGUCUCUCUGGUUCGCUCAGUCCUGCGGUUGGUAACCUCUCCAGCCUCGUUCAUUUCGAUAUCUCAUCGAAUAGUUUCUCCGAGGAGAUCCCUGACGUGUUCAACAAGUUUCCAAGGCUAGAGUAUCUAAUGGCUAGGUCUAAUAGAUUCACAGGAGGGAUCCCUAAGUCGUUGGCAAAUUCAAAAACUUUGAGAUUGUUGAACUUGGGGAACAACUCAUUGAGUGGUCCUUUGUAUCUGAACUGUACUGGGAUGACUAACUUAGCCUCACUUGAUCUAGGGUCUAAUAAGUUCAAUAGCUCUUUGCCGGAACAUCUACCGUCUUGCAGACAACUGAGUUACGUUAGUCUCGCGCGGAACCACUUUGAUGGACAUGUCCCUGAGAGCUUCAAGAACUUCCAUAGCUUGUCUUAUUUAUCUCUCUCAAACUGCAGUCUUGUGAACAUGUCAUCGACGCUUCUCAUUCUUCAGCACUGCAAGAACCUGACAACUCUGGUUCUUACUUUAAACUUCGAUGGAGAGAUGUUUCCUGAUGACCCGAGUCUUCGUUUCAAGAAGCUCAAGGUACUUGUUGUACCAAAUUGUAGGCUUACUGGUUCAGUGCCAAGAUGGUUGAGCAAGAGCAGUAAUCUAGAGCUGUUGGAUCUUUCAUGGAACAGUUUAACCGGAGCUAUACCAAAUUGGAUCGGUGGUUUCACCAAUCUUUUCUACUUGGAUUUGUCUAGAAACUCGUUUACAGGAGAGAUCCCAAAGAGUUUGACAAGGCUGCAUAGCCUCAUAAGCCAAGAAAUUUCAGCUGAGGAGCCAUCUCUAGAUCUCCCAAUCUUCUAUAAAUGGAAUAAUGGAAGAGCUCAGCCAUACAAUCAUGUUUCCGGAUUUCCACCAACGCUUGAACUCAACCAAAACAAUCUCUCUGGACCCAUUUGGGAGGAGUUUGGAAACUUGAAAAGCCUCCAUGUUUUUAACCUGAAUGACAACAGUUUAUCAGGACAUAUCCCUAGCUCGCUUUCAGGAAUGACAAGCUUGGAGGUUCUUGAUCUGUCAAAUAACAAUCUUUCCGGUUCAAUCCCGUUAUCUCUGCAGAAGCUAACAUUCCUGUCCAAGUUCAGUGUUGCAAACAAUAGUCUCUCGGGGAGAAUCCCUACUGGUGGUCAGUUUCAAACGUUUCCGAACUCGAGCUUCGAGGGCAACCAUGUUUGUGGUGACCACCGGUUUGAUUGUCAAGCAGAUACACCAGACCUGCAACGACCAAGUACCAGUGAUGAGAGUGACAACAGUGGUAGUGACUUUGCCUUGGAUUUUUCAUAUGGAGUGGCUCUUGGGUUUGGUUUAUCGUUUGUUGUUGUUAUUGCUUUCCGUCAGAAGCUGUUUCGAUUUUAGUAUUCACGGGCAUCAAGGUUCAUGUUACACAAUUACAACAAUGUUUGAUUAUGGGACUGUUUAUGUCAAUAAAUGAUGUAGAUACUCU